GCGAACCAUUUUCUGCUGUUCCGGCAUAGGGCGAGCGAUCUUGCGUUAGAUUGCGUUGGUAGUAAGUGAACAGUAUUGAUGUUGAUCCGGCCUGCGGUUGAAGGCGCUGUUGUGUGUUUGUUCCUUUGUUGAGUUGUUCACCAUGGCUUUGAACCCCCAGUACGAAGAAAUCGGAAAAGGAUUCGUCACCCAAUAUUAUGCGUUGUUUGAUGAUUCAAAUCAGCGGGCUAGUUUGGCCAAUUUGUACAAUGCCGAAUUAUCGUUCAUGACAUUCGAAGGACAACAAAUCCAAGGCGCGGCCAAAAUUUUAGAAAAACUUCAGAGUUUAUCGUUUCAAAAUAUUAACCGUGUUCUGACGGCGGUUGAUUCUCAACCUAUGUUUGACGGUGGCGUUCUAAUUAAUGUCUUAGGAAGAUUGCAGACCGACCAAGAUCAUCCGCUGGACUAUACCCAAACCUUCGUGCUGAAACCCAUGGGUACCACGUUUUUCGUGCAGCAUGAUAUUUUUCGGCUCAAUUUGCAUAAUAUGGCGUAAAUUGUUUUAAUAUUUAUUUGUGCUUGGUUAGGGCGUUUUUUAAAUUAUAUUUUACUCUUGCAUAGUUAAACACCGUUAAAAAGAUGAAUCUAUCUGCAAUAAUCGGCGCUGUAGCGACUAGACCCUCGUCUGAUGAUGGUAAAGUCUGAUUGGGGGUAACUAAAGAGCACAAAAUUUGCAAACAAUACGUCAACUAUACACAUUUCGAU